GCGGCUCGCCAGGUGCUUCUGAGUUCAGCUCCCUUUGGACCCUCAAGCUAAGGUGUACACCAAGGCGGUCUCCGCCUGUCCUUUCCUGCACCACCUGUCCUGGUACGUGAUGGCGCGAUCGCCGGGCCGAAGGCUCCUGGGGAAGAGCGUUUCUUUUCCUUAGGUUAUCCCUUUCGCUCCAGGGUCUUGGAUAUGGACCUCCUUCAGUUCCUGGCCUUCCUCUUUGUACUGUUCCUGUCAGGAAGAGGGACCACAGAUACCCCGAGGGACCCAAGCCUGCAGAUUUACAAGAAGCUGUUUGAGGUGAAGCGGCGGGAGCAGCUGUCAGCUCUGAAGAACCUGGCACAGCUGAAUGAUGUCCACCAACAAUACAAGAUCCUCGAUGUCAUGCUCAAAGGGCUCUUUAAGGUGCUGGAGGACUCCCGGACAGUGCUCCUUGCUGCCAAUGUGCUUCCAGAUGGGCCAUUCCCCCAGGACGAGAAGCUGAAGGAUGCUUUCUCCCAUGUGGUGGAGAACACGGCCUUCUUCGGGGAUGUGGUGCUGCGCUUUCCGAGGAUUGUGCACCACUACUUUGACCACAACUCCAACUGGAACCUCCUCAUCCGCUGGGGCAUCAGCUUCUGUAACCAGACGGGCGUCUUCGACCAGGGGCCCCACUCGCCCAUCCUCAGCCUGAUGGCCCAGGAGCUGGGGAUCAGUGAGAAAGACUCCGACUUCCAGAACCCAUUUCAAACAGACCGUACAGAGUUCAUGCCCAGUACGGAUCCUUUCCAGAAGGCCCUGAGGGAAGAAGAGAAACGCAGGAAGAAAGAGGAGAAGCGGAAAGAGAUCCGCAAAGGUCCAAGGAUCUCCCGGUCGAAGUCUGAGUUGUAGCCCUGGAGCAGCUCAGGAACCAAGGGGCCAGUGAGAGAUCCAGUUGGGAGGAAGAAAUGCCAUGUGGUGCUGCUGUGGCAGUGUCCACUGUGGUGGUGAGCACUGGCCCCAGCAUUUGAAGAGCAUCUGGAAAGAUAGGGACUCCAUAUUUGCUGUGUCCUCAGGAGCCAAAAAGACUGCAGCUCAGGUAGCUGGAUUUCCUGCCAGAGCCUGUCUGGAGGGGACGUGGAAGGAACCUUUAGAAGACUGUGCUGCAGGCAGGACCCUAUAGAGACUGCUGGGGGAGGAAGGAGGACAUCCUGGACUCUCUGUGGGUGAGGGCCACUGGCUGGCUUUUGCCACCCUUUGGAAAAGCAGCAGAACCAGGCUCUGAGUCACAGGUAAAGGUGCUAUGCCUAUAGGUGGUUGCAUUGUGUCACUGAACUACUCAGCAGCUCAGGGCCCAACCUUUCUUGAGAAACACAAUAAAGGCGAGCAAACCUGUUGGGCCCGCCAAAGCUGGUGUGCGGGAUGUAAGGGAAGCAGGAGCCUUGGGAGUGAAUGUGCAGAGCAGUUUGGAGGAUGUUCCCGCCUGAUCCUGAGGAGUCUAGGUCUGGCGGAGUAGAGAAGCAGGGGUUUGGCUUGGACUUUUUCCAUCUGAGCACGUCCCUUGACCAGGGAUCGGCUUUGAGAGAGGGCCUAGAAGUGUCCCAGGAGUGUGUUUAGUCAUCUGGGAGACCUUGGAUAGCUGGGAACAGUCACUGAGCAGCAUGGAGUGGUUAGCAGAUCAGGGAAGUCCUUCGACCUGUGGCUGCAGGGGCUGUACUUUGCAAUGGCAGGCCUGCCUUGAGCCAGUUUGAUCAGACAGCAAGCUCCCCAUCUCAGGAGCAGUGUGAGAAGAAUCCUCCAGCAUGAGGCAGGGAAGCUGCAGAACUGGUUAAGCACCAAGUGGGCAGCCUGGUUUCUGUGGCUCUGCCUUCCCUUGACAUAGGAGAGGAGGCUGCUGCCCUUCAGUCUAGCCUUUCCUAAAUAAAGGCGAGAAGGGUUACAGUAGGGAUUCUACCUCUGCCUCUUUGACCUGUCAAGCCAGGGUCUGCCUCUUAAAUGGGCAGAGGGACACACCCAUCCCCAGUGCUGUCUACACCCAGCUCCCACCUCUGAUACCAGCUUGUGCCGGUAGCUUUAGUGGCAAACGAAUUUGAUGUCUGGACCCUCUGCCUGGCCCUAACUUGUUUUUUCAUAUGUGCUCCCUACCCUUGGUACUGGGAAUUGAACUCUGCGCCUUUUCCCUGAGUUGUAUGUCCAUCCCUUUUAUUUAUUUAUUUUUAUUUUGAGCAGGGUCUUUUGCUAAGUUGCUCAUGAUGGGCUUGAACUUACAAUUCUCCUGCCUCAGUCUUCCAGAGUGCUGGGAUUACAGGUAUACCUGGUUCUAACCUGCUUUCUUGAAGCUGACUUCCUUGUUGGGCAGUACAACAAAGAGAAUCUAGGCCUUGGGGGGAUCUUAUGGAAGGAUAUAUGAAACAUCCUGCACCUUAUCAGUCACUCUGGAGAAGUAAGGGGAUAAGAAGCAGCUGGAGGAGAACUGGGAGGAGGUCUAUCCACCCUUUCCGGUCAGAACUGCCCACCAGCCCCAUUUCCCCCUGCUGGACAAGGGAGGUGGUGCUGGGUAGUGACAGGCUUCUUCACUUGAGAGAGCUGGGCUCCGUGCUUGGGACUUGUGCCUUCAGCCAUUCCUGUGAGUGUUACAGGAGAUUGCUGUGCUAGUUCGUGAGCUAAAGGGCUAUAGAAAGGGAGGGAUCAGGACCUUUCUGUCAAGUGUUUAGCUGUCCAGUUGUCUGCAGGUGAGACUGUGGUCAGCAGCCCCAAGGCUCCUCCCUGGCCCUCUCUUGGAGGACAGUGAUUGUGGCUGCUGACUAAAGGGAAGGUGUUUCCUCCCUUAACGGAGAAAGAACUUUUCUAAGAACCAUGCCUGCUUUGCGUGGACCAGGGUUUCUUGGCAAUGGUAGGAGGCCAAAGGAUGCCUCAGGACAGUGCAGAGGUAGUUCCAGCUUUGGGUAGGUAAGUAAUCCAUUAAGUGAUUUCUAGGGAUUGUCAUCAGCAGGACUUCAGAGAGGUGAAGAAGGCUCUUCCCUUGCUCUUGUCACUGCAGCAGUCCCUUUCCACACAGGUCAUUGGGUCCCUAUCUCAGAGUGCUCAGGUACUUGAGAGGAUAAGAGCCUGUAGAAAAGUCCCUCGUAGUUGCAGUGCUGGGAAUUUAAAUGGCUUCUCAGCCACAGGUGCCCUUCUCUAACAGUUCUUUGUUCAACCCGUAGAUUUGUUGAGUACCUACUGUGUCCCUCUCUUGGAGUGUGGCCCUCCUUCCUCCUGGGCUUUUCCCUAUACACCUUCCACCUUUCCGCUGGCUGGUCUUGUCCUCCGCCUUAGGUGAGCUCAUUAUUUCCCAUCUGCCACCUUCCAAGAAACAAGCAGCCAUUGUUAGUCCCCUCUCUUGUCUCUGUUAUGGUUGGUCAUUUGUCCUGGGAACCCCAUUUUAUGAGCCUUAUGCAGGCAAAGGGCUCCUCUCACCCCAGAGGAUUUAAAGGCCUGAGGGCACUUGUUUGUCCAGUUGCCUGCAGCUAGAAUUCAUUUAUCUGACUGAACCUCCACCCACUGUAUGAAUGCAUCCAGCCAGUGUGGUUCUUGGUGGCUUUUGUGGCCACAGGUCCCAGGGGUAGCAGUGGGAGGUGGUUCUAGUAGCCAGUCCAAUAACCAGUGCUAGAAGUGCUCAAUGAUGGCAACAAAUAUUGUCACUGUGGUCUGGGACAUUAUUACAGUCUGAUAAGUUUCCAGGCCCAGUCUGUGGGACCCCUAGGAAAUCUGGAAGCCCCCUAAUAUUCUUUAAGGCAGAUUUUCUCAACAAUAGCACUAUUCUGUUGUAGGUCAGAUAACUAUUGUUUGUGAGGAGGGCUGUCCUGAGUGAUACAGGAUAUUUAGCAGCACCUGGAGUUAUUCCAAGUAAAAAUGUCUCCUGAUGUUUCUUGGGGGCAAAUCCCCCCUGGCCCACAGCCUUUCUCCCUCCCAGCCUCAGUCUUGCUCUGCUGUCCACAACCCUUGCCCUUGGAGGGAUGGUAUUGACAGCUCGUGGACUAACUGUCCUGGUGUUUUGCCCUCAAUCUCUGUUUUAUCUCUUCCUGACUCCUCUUUCUUACCUUUUUGGCAGCCAAGAGCGGUGGUCACACUUGUAAUCACAGCACUCAGGGGCUGAAGCAGGAAGA